UUGUUGUUAUUGUUGAACAAUGAAUAAUUGUCAUUUGUCAACAACAAUCAGCUGACCCAAAGUUAAGGAGAGAAAAAAAAACUCUCUCUCUCUCUCUCUCGCUCUUUCUCGCUCUGUUCGGUCGCAAUUCGCAUGUGUUUUCGUUUUUUUUUUUCAAACAAACUGGAGGUGUUUUAUUUUUAAUUUAAAAAAAAAUGUCAUUUCCAAGUAAAACAGAUCGUGAAAAUUGCUGGAAUCAUCGUGAUGAAUACUGGAAAUGUUUGGACAGUAAAAAAAACGAAAAAGACUGUCAAGAAUUGAGAAAUCAAUAUGUUAAAUUCUGUCCAUCUCAAUGGGUAAAACACUUUGAUAGAAAAAGAGAAUACAACAAAUUCAAGGAACAAAUUGAAAAAGAUCCAGGGAGUAUAAAAUGUCAUGGUGAUGAUGAUGAUGAUGACUCUAAAAAAAUAUGUCGUUUAAACAAGUGAUGCACCAACAAAUCUACCAAAUAUUUAUUCAUUCAUUUAUUAUAAAUUUG